AUGGACGUCCAGUACAUGGUGCAGUCUCCUUCGCCUGAUGAAAAUUUACUGGCGCGUAUUGACAGAUCACUUUUGAUCUUUCAUGAAAACAAAGACGUUAUCAUCUCCCUAAAGGCUUGGAUGGGGACAAAGAAGCCUAUCAACAACUGGUUCAUACCGAAGCUCGAACUCAUGCAGAGCAUCACUGCCAGCUCACGCAAAGUUGGCGCCCUUAUUCAGUGGUCCGCAGACACCACUGAGCAUGCCCAUAUAUCUGAGAUUAAGGACCCUGCGCAGCACACCAAUAACAACGACUAUGAUCCUCAGAUCUGUCAUCAUUUAGAUCACUAG